AUGUUUGGCCAGCGUCAUCUCUGGACGUAUGUUGUCGUUUGGAUCAACAACCCUGCCGUGGAAAACCCAAAGAUUCUAGCGGUGUCACUGGGAGACGGACUUCGAGCUCGAAGGACGAGGAAAAUUCCAUCGGAUGAUGAGCUAGAGGACGAGGUGGGCAUCAAAGUCAAGCACUUGUGGGACGGAGUGCACAAUGGCCAGAUGCUCGAAUUUACUACUGAAGAUGGUAAAGAGCAGGAUCCGGUCACGUGGGACCAGCUGUCGGCUAAUGCGCGCCAAGCAUUCAACGAGGUCCGUUGGGGCAAGCAGAAGAUGCCCCUGAACGAUGACGAGUUUAGGAACAACUUGGAACUCGCUUGGCCGACUGAACAGCAAAAGAAAUGA